ACAUCAAGAUUCUCGAUUGAGGAUCAUACAUAAAGAUCUCAAAGCAAGCAAUGUUUUGCUUGAUAGUGAAAUGAGCCCCAAAUUUUCAGACUUUGGCAUGGCUAGAACAUUUGGUAGAGAACAGUCUGAGGGGAACACACAGAGAGUGGUUGGAACCUAUGGUUUUAUGGUGCUAGAAUAUGGGCAAUUCUCUGUAAAAUCCUAUGUUUUCAGCUUCAGGAUACUGUUAUGGGAGAUAAUAAGUGGGAAGAAGAAUAAAGGGUCUUAUCAUCUCAACCAUAGGCCUAACCUUAUUGGCAAUGCUUACUUGAACCAUACUUCUAGUAGGGUGGAGGGCUCCAUAUGGAAAGAAGAUGCUGAGACUUGGAUAUUGUUCAGUCAUUAUCCAAGGGAUGACUGUGACAACCAUGGAACUUGUGGCGCAUAUGGAACUUGUGUCAAACCAGUGUUGCAGCCUUGUCAAUAUUUGAUUGAAAGUUUUCAAGUUUAAAUCACAUGAAGGGAACUCAAUGGACCGGUAUCAGGGUGCAUGCGCAACACUGCCAGAAAGGAGAUGCAUUUAUCAAAUUUGGUGGGUUGAAACUGCCGGCUACUAAACAUUCUUGGGUAAAUGAAAGCAUGGGUCUCAAUCAGUGUAGGGCUAAAUGCUUAGAGAAUUGUUCUUGUGUGGCCUAUACAACCUUGGAUGUUAAAGAAGCCAGCAGGUGUGCAAUCUGGUAUGGUGAUCUAGUUGAUCUUAAACAGGUCCAGUUUUCUGGACAAGAUUUAUACAUUCGAAUGUCUGCUGCUGAUUCAGGCAUUGGGUUACUCUUAGUUCAACCUAGCGUUUCGUCAAGUUAUGUUAUGAUUCCUAAUUUCAUAAUCAUGUUUGGUGUUACGAAUUUUAAUU